UUGAGUCACUGUCUCUGCGGGAGCCCAGGGAUGGGUAAGCAGGGGAUGAGUUAAUGAGAGCGGCCAGGUCCGGGGGAGCCGCAAUAACCACCAGCAGCAGCAGCAGUAUCAUCAUCACCAUCACUGUCUGAGGAGACUGAGAUACUCAGCCCUGGGAGGGUGGGUUCAUUCAAUUAAUCACAUCAAGCAAGGGCCGCACCUUCGUCUCGACUUGUUUUAUUCAAAAUGAUGGAAGAAAUCGAUCGAUUUCAAGUACCCACAGCCCGGUCAGAAAUACAGCCGCUGGAUCCUACAGCCACCUCCAUCUCUGAAGGUGAGUGUGACACCCGCGAGAGCGAAUCUGUGGCAAUGAAUUACAAGCCAUCCCCACUGCAGAUGAAAAUAGAGAAGCAGCGAGAGCUAGCCAGGAAGGGGUCACUGAAGAAUGGCACUGUUGGAAGCCCUGUCAAUCAGCAGCCAAAAAAGAACAAUGUGAUGGCAAGAACAAGAUUGGUUGUACCAAACAAAGGAUAUUCAUCACUAGAUCAAAGCCCAGAUGAAAAACCUUUGGUCGCUCUGGAUACUGACAGUGAUGAUGACUUUGAUAUGUCAAGAUACUCUUCUUCAGGUUAUUCUUCAGCUGAGCAGAUUAAUCAAGACUUGAAUAUCCAGCUCCUGAAAGAUGGCUACCGGUUAGAUGAAAUUCCAGAUGAUGAAGACUUGGAUCUUAUUCCCCCGAAAUCAGUAAAUCCCACCUGCAUGUGUUGCCAGGCCACCUCCACUACUUGCAAUGUUCAGUAAUGUGACUGAUGCUCUUCACUGUAAUUGUAAAACUAACAGCCAUUGCUUCCUCCUAUGGUAGGACAUGCACUUUGUGUCCGUGUUUAAAAAAAAGCCGACCAUCAUUGUGGCAUUCAUAAGUGAGUGUGAAUGCAGUGUUGAAUUUGUGUGUGAUAGAAGGUGACAAUGCUACUGCUUUGCAGUGGUUGUGUUGCAUAAUCCUAAUUUUUAUUUUCCCCCACCCAUUUGCUUCUGGGGGUGGGGCAGAGGGAAGAGACAGAGUAGAGCACUACUUCAGCAUGAUUCAAAGUUCAGUCAUGAGCUGAAAGCAAAGCAUCUAAGUUCUUUUGUCUACUCAUACUUGGUUGUUUAUAUUUGAAGUGUACUGAUUUAUGUCGAUGUAUAUGUUUACCAUUGC